UGCUGCAAAAAGAUGCCUCACUCUCCUCAAUUUUUCAGACAUUAAAUCACUUUAAUUAAAUCCAUUGUAAUGUCUCAUUCUCUCUCCUCGUUUUUCACUUGUAUCACUGCAAAAUCUCUCAGUUACACAUAGACUCAGAGAGUACUACCUUCUAUUAACUUCUAUAUCCACCAAUAUAUGUUCCAUUCGACUUUUUACGGUCUCCAAAACACAUCUUUACGUUCGAGUUACAUUACUUAGAGUUGAGUGGUACUUUCUAGUUUCUAUACCCAUCAAUAUAUACUCGGUGCUCAAUUAGACUUUUUACGAUCUCCAAAACACAUCUUUGAACCUCUAUAUCUCGAAAAAGAAGUUCUACUUGUUUUAACUUGUUUGGCUCUCUUAAUUUCUUCCCUCUCUUUUUUUUCACUUAUGUACUCUCUUUCUCUCUCUUCAUGUCUAUCUGUUUUGUGAAAGGCCACUUACUUUUCUCAUUUGCUUUGUGUAUGCAACAGUUUCAAUCUUUCUAGUUAUUGCUUUUUCUCUGUUCUUUCAUCAACUUGUAUAGAGCUGCUUUUUAGCUCUCUCUUUUUUUUGGUUUAGCUCAAACAAGUAGAACCAGUUUCAAGAAUCCAAGCUCUUAUUUUUUUGUUCUUUCCCACUUGUUUUUACUAAGAUUCCUAAAAAUCUUGCCAAAAAACGAAUUGGGUCUUUUUAAAGUUUGAGUUCUUAAGCUACCCAUCUGAGUUUAGGGUUGUAAAAAGAGAAUCUUUAAGCUAUCAAAAUCAUAUUUUUUUCCCUUUGUUUGUUAAAGUAACCCCAAAAAGAAUAUAAUUAUUAUCUAGCAUUUCAUCAUCAGAUCUUUAGUUUUCUGGCUUAUCUUUUAGUGGGUGUUCUAGGCUGGCAAAUUUCUGCUCAACAAGCCACAAAACUAUUCUGUUUCAAAUUUGGUGUAUAAUUUUCCAAUUUGAAGGUACUAAAUGGCAGAUUUAAAUCAAAAAAUGAAGUUGUUUUGUAUUAUAUUUGGGAUGAUUUGGUUAAUUUCAAUGAUAAAUCCAGUGAAUGGCAUUGGUGCUAAUUGGGGAACACAAUCUAGCCACCCUUUAUCACCAGCAGUAGUUGUAAGAAUGCUGAGAGAAAAUAGAAUUCAAAAAGUGAAACUUUUUGAUGCAGCUUAUGACACUCUUCAUGCUCUUGGUAGCACUGGGAUUGAAGUUAUGGUUGGGAUACCUAAUGACAUGCUUUCAACUCUUGCUACCAGCAGUAGGGCUGCUGAGAAGUGGGUUUCAGAGAAUAUAACUGAACAUAUCAGUAACAAUAAAGUCAAUAUCAGGUAUGUUGCAGUUGGUAACGAGCCUUUUUUAGCAACAUACAAUGGAAGCUUCCUGAGAACAACCUUUCCUGCCCUUCAAAACAUUCAGAAUGCCUUAUUAAGGGCAGGCCAUGGUAACCAAGUCAAAGUUACAGUUCCCAGCAAUGCUGAUGUGUAUGCAAGUCCUAGCAGCAUGCCUUCUGGGGGUGAUUUUCGUUCUGAUAUAAAUGAUUAUAUGAUUCAGAUUGUCAAGUUCUUGAGUGACAAUGGUGCACCGUUCACUGUGAACAUCUACCCUUUCAUAAGUCUCUAUACAGACGCCAACUUCCCGGUGGAGUAUGCCUUCUUUGAUGGAAAUGCAACCCCAUUGAACGAUGGUGGUACCAACUAUUACAACAUGUUUGAUGCUAACUAUGACACCCUUAUCUGGGCUUUGCAAAAGAACGGUUUUGGUAACAUGCCAAUUAUAGUUGGUGAGAUUGGUUGGCCAACCGACGGAGACAUGAAUGCUAAUGUCAAAUUUGCCCAAAGAUUCAACCAAGGAUUCAUGUCUCACAUAGCAAACGGCAAAGGAACACCAAUGAGGGCGGGCCCCAUUGAUGCAUAUCUGUUUAGUUUGAUAGAUGAGGAUCAAAAGAGCAUUCAACCGGGAAAUUUCGAACGCCAUUGGGGAAUAUUUACGUUUGAUGGGUUACCAAAGUACCAACUCAACCUGGGUACAACAAACUUGGGAACAUUGGUUAAGGCAAAGGGUGUGACAUAUGAACAACGCCAAUGGUGUGUGCUAAAACCAUCUGUGAAGCUUGACGACUCAAGACUUGCCCCUAGUGUAAGUUAUGCUUGUGCACGCGCUGAUUGUACUAGUCUUGGAUAUGGAACCUCUUGUGGGAGCUUGGAUAUUCAAGGGAAUGUAUCCUAUGCUUUCAAUAGUUACUACCAGAUAAAUGAUCAGGUUGAUGAAGCAUGUAAGUUUGACGGCCUCGCAGCUGUGACUAAAUCAGAUCCAUCUAGGGAUAGUUGCAGAUUUGAGAUCAUGAUUGAGCCCGAAGAAUCGGGUUCAGAGCAAAUGCUUCAUGUCCCUGGAAUUCUAUCAUGUUUUAUUAGUACUAUUGUUCUCUAUCUGACAAUGUUUUAAUUCCUGAGACAUUGUUGAUCUUGUGAGGUGCCAUCUUUUUUGUUUUGAUGUUUAUCACUUAAAACUUUGAUGAUUUAAGUGGAAAAUCUGAGAAAAUCUGGAUAUUGAAAACCAGAUUGUUCAUUAUGUAAAACAGUUCAAGAUAGGCUGUCAAUUAUGUUAUAUUGGAGGGAAAUGCAGGGUAGAUUUCAUAUUGAUUGGUUUUGCAAAUGUAGGCUGUAUAAUUUGAUCUUACAUAGCCAAAUCUAUCUUUAUAUGUCUGUUUUACUAAAUGUAAGUAUGAAAUUAUUUUGCAAGUGAACUCACUUUGCCAGUUCGUCAUGUUAAUGAAUUUUAAUUCAGUAACAUUAUGAUAAUUUUUUUUGGCUUUGCGUUAGUCCUAAUGCUUGCUUUUUUUUAUUUUAUCAUGCAAAGUUGAACAUAUACGGUAAAAUAUACUAUGAAAAGUUAUCUUUUGAAUGAAAUAUAUAGAUUAAGACCAAUUUAAUAAGAUUAUAUUGUUAUGUCCUAAAAAUCUUGCUAAGCUGAAUUUGCAGGAUAUACAUCCGUCCCAGCUAGAAGUUACCAGGCAGCAGCUACAGCAAGCAGGAACGAAGGGAGUUGAAUAAAUUCGAUUCAAAGAGCAUUGGAUACUGAUCAAGACAAGUCAAUAAUGCUGUUGCGCCUACAAAAUAGGGUUGACAAAGUCAUUAAGCAGAAGUGGAGAUACUCCUUGAUAUUAGGAGAUCAUGGCAUCAUAUUAGGAGAUUAGUUAUGCAACGUAAACAUGUAAAGCAACGUUACAAUAAAUGUAUGGAUAUAAAUAGGAGUAGAAGUAUUGGGGAAAAGGCAGUUCAUUAACAUUGCUUACAUUAGAACACUUCCAUUUACUUUCACAAAUAUUUACAAGUGUAUUCAGUAUAAGCUACAAGCUGCUAGCUGCUAGCUAUAAGUUGUAAUCUUCCUACAUAGUGGAUUGGUGGACUCAAUUCCACCCGCGGUUUUUACCCUCUUCUUGGGGUUUUCCGCGUCACCA